ACCAUGGGCUAUCCAACAACUCCAUCCAUUUUAUAAAGAGCUCACCAAAAACACUAACUUUUAGGCAAAAACAUCUUCAUUUCAUUUCUCAUAAAUCCCAAUUUGAACUAAAUUUCUUCAAUCAUGAUAGGCAAUAGAUCUAAGCCGGUGAUCGGAAAACUCACCGGUGCAGCUUUUUCGGGUAGCCGGACGAUGGAUGGUGCUACCAGUCCAAGAAGUCCACUCGAUUUCAAGUUUCCAUCACCAAGAGGCUUAAAAAGCUUUGAUUUCGGUGGUGUUGGAUUAGCUAUAGUAGCUGCACUAGAAAAGUCCGGCGGUAAAAACGGCGAAAUCCCGGCGAACAAAGCCGUUUACAACCGGAAUUCAAACAGAUCCCUUCCAAUUCCGGUGAUUUCUCCGUCGAAAAAUUCAGCUAGAUUUAGACCAGAAAUUGAGGAAACAGAGAUGGAUAGUUUUGAAGAAUAUACAAUAGUUACUUGCCGUGCACCAGGUAAUAAACCCUACACAAAAGUAUACGGCGAUAGAAGUAAACGGGAAAACAGAAAAUGUAAUCGUCCAAGCGUUUUUAACAUAUCUCCGGCGAACAUUGGAAUUUUUCCGGCAGAACAAAAUUCUGAUUUUCUCAGUUCAUGUAAUUUGUGUCAAAAAAAGUUACAUGGCAAAGACAUAUACAUGUAUAGGGGCGAGAAAGCAUUUUGUAGCACAGAGUGUCGAUACAGGCAAAUAAUGAUGGAUGAGCAGAAAGAAAAGUGUAGUUCAACAUCUGUUGAUGUUGCUACUCCACCAUAUGGAAAUGGACAAAUCUUCUCCACUGGAAUACUCGCUAUUUAAUCGAUAAAUUAAUAUUUAGUAUAUAUAGAACGUCGUAAAUAUAUCUAUAUAUACUCGGAAAUACUUAUAUACAUUAAGAGAAAAAGUUCUGUAACUCUUUUUUUUUCUUUUUUGGUAUUCUCCCCCAAUUUUGAUUUGGAUGUAGAAAUGGAAAAGCAUAAAUAUAGCAAUGAAAAGUUUUGAACUA